AUGUGUGUAUUACUCUUCGUGUUUCAUCACUACAUGGACUUCUGUAGUAAAGUCUCUACAGCUGCUAGGCUUAGUGAUGGUGCUUUGGUUUUGGUUGAUGCUGUUGAAGGUGUACAAAUUCAGACGCAUGCUGUGUUGCGUCAAGCUUGUAUCGAGAAGUUGACUCCUUGUUUGGUGCUUAACAAGAUUGAUAGAUUGAUUUGUGAGUUGAGGAUGAGUCCUAUGCAAGCGUAUACUCGUUUGAUCAGGAUUGUUCAUGAGGUUAAUAGGAUUAUAGAAUGCCCUAGACAAUAA